AUGUCAGAUACUGAAACUGGAUUACCAAUAAACUGGGCCAUUCGUGUAUCCCGUACGCAUAAUAAAGAAUAUUAUUUAAAUCAAGCCACUAAAGAAUCAUCUUGGGAACCACCGUUUGGAACCGAUAAUGACAAGUUGCAGAAAUACAUAGCUAAAUAUAAGGCAAACGGAAAUAAGCCUGUUAUUCCUGAAGAUGGUAAGGUUCGUGCAUCUCAUAUUUUGGUUAAGAGUAAUCAAUCGAGAAGACCGAAAUCGUGGAAAUAUCCGGAUGGAAUAACCAGAACAAGAGACGAAGCUAUUUUGUUGUUGAAGCUGUAUCAAGACAAAAUAUUGGGUGGAGAAAUCAGUUUACAAGACUUAGCUUCCACUGAAAGUGACUGCUCGUCUCAUGCUCAAGGUGGUGACUUAGGAUUUUUCGGUAAGGGUCAAAUGCAACCUUCUUUCGAAGAAGCUGCGUUCGGAUUAAAUGUUGGUGAGAUCAGUGAUAUCAUUGAAAGUGAUAGUGGUAUUCACUUAAUACAAAGAACUGCUUAA